AUGUCGUCGAAAGCGGGCGCGGAGGCGACCACAGCCGCAGACGGCCGCUUCGUCGGGAGAGUGAUUAGCGUCGUGGAGAGGUGGGAGCACGAGGUCUUGUACGGAGAAAGGGACACGAUCUCGGCAUACAUCAAGCGCAAGAUUAUAGGAGAGUGCAUUGCCAAGGCCGUGGAAUUGAAGGGGAGUCCUGACGAGCACAUGGUCCAGAUCACCUUCGAACGCAUCGAGGCGGCAGAAGCUCAGAGAUGUAGAUCAACCUCGGAGAUGGCCCUCUUAUCAGCCAGGAAGAAGUACGCGGUCGUGGAAUGGAAGGCAGAGCUGGACACGAAGCGACAGAAAGAGUACGUCGCCGAACGCCAUGUAUGCCAUCCCAGCAAGCAAGGUCCUGUCUAUAGUUACUUCCAACCCAUUACACGACAAGAAGAUUGAGAAGGUAACGAGUCUUUCAGACAAGCCUUUGGAGAAGCUGAAGGACAGCGAGAUCGUGCCGAAGAUGCAGGUGACCGAGGCCAAGGUCAGCUGCCAGUCCAUCACAUGUACCAGGACCAGAACGGACAGGGGAUAGGCGUCCUGAUCGACAUCGGCCUGAGCUCCGUGGACAUGGAUAAGUAUUAG